UGCAUCUCUCAACUACCAACAAUAUUUCCUCUCUCUCUCUCUCUCUCACUCUAAAGCGCGCUUAGCUGUCAAUAACCUCCCGAAAAUGCAAGCCAUCGCUAACUGUCAGCGGUUACUACCGACGAGCCAGCUCAAAUCGGAACUUCCGAUCACCUCCAUUGUUAGCCGGAGAAGCUCCGGCUUUGCUCCCUCACUUCGUGUCCCUACGCUCCAACUCAAAUGCCGCAGCUCACUCCAAAUUCCGAUUACACGCUCUCCAUAUUGUCCUCCGUCUCUAGAUAAGGAAGAGGCGAAGUUCAUUGAAGCAUCGAAAACCUCAAAUUUGAUUCCGCUGCACAAGUGUAUUUUCUCCGAUCAUUUGACUCCGGUGCUUGCUUACCGCUGUUUGGUCGAUGAAGACGACCGUGAAACUCCGAGCUUCCUCUUUGAGUCGGUUGAGCCUGGCUCUCGAAGCUCUACUGUGGGACGCUACAGCGUGGUCGGUGCUCAACCUACAAUGGAAAUACUCGCAAAAGAGAAUAAGGUGACCAUCAUGGAUCAUGACUCCGGGAAAUUAACGGAGAAGAUCGUGGAAGACCCGAUGACAGUUGCAAGGAGUAUUUCUGAAGAAUGGAAGCCACAACUCACUGGUGACCUUCCUGAUGCUUUUUGCGGUGGAUGGGUUGGUUACUUUUCAUAUGACACAGUUCGGUAUGUGGAAAAGAAGAAGUUGCCAUUUGCAAGUGCACCCCAAGAUGACAGGAACCUUCCAGACAUUCACUUGGGACUUUAUGAUAAUGUGAUUGUGUUUGACCAUGUGGAUAAGAAAGCAUUCAUUAUUCAUUGGGUAAGGUUGGAUAGUUACUCAUCUGCCUCAAAGGCUUACCGUGAGGGAAAGAAACAACUAGAAGCACUAGUGUCCAAAGUACAAGACGUUGAUCCCCCAAGACUCUCUUCGGCUUCUGUGGAUUUCAACACUCGUGAAUUUGGGCCUUCACUAGCCAAAGGGAACAUGACAAGUGGGGAGUACAAGAACGCUGUUCUUAAGGCUAAGGAGCAUAUUCUUGCUGGGGACAUUUUUCAAAUUGUUCUCAGCCAACGUUUUGAAAGAAAAACAUUUGCUGACCCAUUUGAGGUCUAUAGGGCAUUAAGAAUUGUGAAUCCAAGCCCAUACAUGACUUACAUGCAGGCUAGAGGGUGCAUUUUGGUUGCUUCAAGCCCCGAAAUUCUAACUCGUGUAAAAAAGAAUAGAGUUGUCAAUCGGCCACUAGCUGGAACAGCUAAAAGAGGGAAGACUCCUGAGGAGGAUGUAAUGUUGGAAAUGCUACUGCUAAAUGAUGAAAAAGAACGCGCAGAGCACACCAUGCUGGUUGAUCUAGGGCGAAAUGAUGUUGGAAAGGUGUCAAAAUCCGGUUCGGUUAAUGUUGAAAGCCUCAUGAAUAUCGAGCGAUAUUCUCACGUAAUGCACAUCAGCUCAACAGUUACUGGGGAGCUGCUUGAUCAUUUGACUUGCUGGGAUGCACUACGCGCUGCAUUGCCUGUUGGAACAGUUAGCGGAGCACCAAAGGUGAAAGCCAUGGAGUUGAUCGAUCAACUAGAAGCAACAAGAAGGGGACCUUAUAGCGGCGGAUUUGGAGGCAUUUCAUUUGUGGGAGAUAUGGACAUUGCAUUGGCUCUCAGAACCAUCGUCUUCCUUAAUGAUGGCAUGAACGAUACAUUGUCCAGCAGGCGCCAAGAAUGGGUCGCCCAUCUCCAAUCCGGCGCUGGCAUAGUAGCUGACAGCAACCCCGACAGUGAGCAGAAAGAGUGUGAAAACAAGGUUGCCGGUCUCAGCCGUGCCAUUGACUUGGCAGAGUCCGCUUUUGUAAAGACAAAACGUAAACCACAGCCUCCACCGGCAGUUCAUAUAUACCAUCCACCGCGAAAACAACUGCAGAAGACACCAUCAAUGUCCUCAUUGGAAGUGACAAUUUAGGUUGUUUAUUCGCUGCCGUUACAAAGUGAUAUCUUGAGAAUAUACAAUUCUAUCUCCGGGAUUGGAUAGAAGUUCCCCUUCAAUAACCAAACAAAAGGGAAGGAAGCAGCCUCAUCUUUUACACUUUCGUGUGGGUCAAUUUGGAUAGCUUAGAUUUCAACUUAUUCGUACAGCAUUCAAAAAUGUAACAUAUUAUCUAAAUUAUAAUAAAGUUUUCAUCAUAUA